AUGCCAAAAUUCAAGCUGAAAAUCUUCAAAUCAUGUCGCUCAAAAGACCCUUCUACUCUCCCAAUUCCAAUUACACCACCCAAAAACCACCACCACCACCACCAACCACACCGAUCUUCUUUCAAAAGCCAUGUCUCAUCCGCUUUCGGAUGUGGGUCCAAAUCCAUCGACAAUUCCGACUCAGACAACUAUUUCCAAUGGCAAGAAGACGACCAAUGGCACGUCGUCGCUAAAAUCUACGACGUCGAAUCGCCUAGAAAAAAAAUCUACAACUCAUCUGUCUCCGAGGAUAACAACUCGGAUGACGAUGAUGAUGUUUUCCCACUUCCAUUACUUCCUCUACCACGCCUAGUCGUUAAUAAAAGACAACGUAGGCGUGGUAGUAAAAAAAUAAUGAAUAUUAAUGGGAAGUCAAAAAACAUGAUUGGUUGUUUCGAUACUGAAAGAACCAGUAAUAAUGUUGAAACAGAAACCGAAACCGAAAGUUUGAUUUCUUCUUCUAGAAGCUUCUCAACCGAUUCAUCAACUGAUUUUAAUCCACAACUAGAAACCAUCCGUGAAAAUUCGGUUACUACUACAAACAGACACAAACCGAAAAAGAAGCGGCCCACUUCUUUUUCAAAACGUACUAAGCGUGUUUAUAAAAAUGGAAUGUUGACAUUUUCUUGUAAAAGUGGUUCUGGUUCCAGCGGUACUGCUGGAACCGGGACCACUAGUGCCUCGCCGGAGUGGGGAUCUCCAGCGAGGCUUUCGGUAUUUAAGAAAAUGAUACCGUGUAAUGUGGAAGGAAAAAUUAAGGAAAGUUUUGCAAUAGUGAAAAAGUCAGAAGAUCCAUAUGAUGAUUUUAAGAAGUCAAUGUUGGAGAUGAUAAUGGAGAAACAAAUGUAUGAAGAGAGUGAUUUGGAACAGCUUUUACAAUGUUUCUUGUCUUUAAAUUCAAGGUUUCAUCAUGGGGUCAUUGUGGAAGCUUUUUCGGAGAUUUGGGACACCAUGUUUGGUGCUAUUAAUGAUGAUCAUGAUCAUGAUUUAACUUCUUCAUAAUGAAAUGUAUGUAUAUCAGUAUAUGUAUAUGUAGAUUUAUUAUUACCAUCACUACUCUAAAGUCAACAAAUUAAUCCCAUGUUCAUGUUAUUAUCAUUAUAUCUAA